GAGAGGGUGAGAGGCCGGUGAGGUUCCCCUGUCACUGGGUGAGGGUGAGGGGCCGGUGAGGUUCCCUGUCACUUGUUGAGGGUGAGUGUGAGUGGUCUGCGAGGUUCCCUGUUACUGGGUGAUCUCUCAAGGGUGAUGUGGUUCGGUUGAACGUGCCUGUCAUUCAACAGUCCUUUCACUGGGAUUGCGGACUCGCCUGCUCCAGAAUGGUGCUGCAGUACCUGCAUCCGGUGAGUGACGAGGAGUUUCAGACCGCCUGCUGGAGACUGCAGUUGGGGGAGAGCGUCUGGACCAUCGACCUGGCCUACCUGAUGCAGCAGUUUGGGGUCACGCACAAGUUCUGCACGCGGACGCUGGGCGUUGACAAGGGCUAUCGAUACCAGUCUUUCUAUCGGAAGCAUUUCAAUACCGAGGAGGACCGGGUAAAUCAGCUGUUUGCUGGCGCUGCGGCGAAUCGUGUUCAAGUAGAGAAAAGGUCUGUCACCAUUCAGGAGAUCGAGGAGCACCUGGCCCAGGGUCACGUGCUGGUGGUCCUGGUCAAUGCCGUGCUGCUCGUCUGCGACCUCUGCUCGGCCCCGCUCAAGUUUUGCUGCCUCCUUCCCAUCGGGCAGAAGUGCUUCUGCCGGAAGCUGGACUAUCAGGGACAUUUCAUCGUGGUGUGCGGUUACAACAGGAACUCGGGCUGUAUCUUCUACAACAACCCAGCCUACGCUGACAGAGUCUGCUGCACAUCCACGAGUAACUUCAACGAGGCGCGUAUGAGCUAUGGAACAGACGAAGACAUCCUGUUUGUUUACAAGGACAGCUGACAGCAGCGCUGCCCGCAGGACCCUCUCUCCACUCUGAGGACAUACUCAUGAUGUAUGAACAGGGCUGUGUGAGUGCCGGAUUCCCAGAGCUGCAUGGUACCCACAAACUCACCCCUCUUUCCCACGAACUGGAAAAGAUCUUUGUGCGACUGCCUGUGGGAGUUCCUUCCCUUCUGUUUGAAGUGUGCCAAAGAACCUCUAGGGAAACAGUAAUGCAUCAGCUCCCGCUGCCCAUCCCCUUCCCCAUGAUCCUCGGCCCUGCUGCUUACGCAACACUGAGCUAAGCUGGUUUAAAAAGACACUCAAACUCAUUCCCUUGUCCCACAAUCUACUAUUCUGAGAAGGAAAUCAGUUGAGAUCCACCAGUAAACACUUUGGUUUUGCACGUUCAGAAUGCUGCUGUUGGGAUUUUGUAGGGAAGACAGGGAUUGUCGAUAUGGAGUUGAUGUGGUCCGAAGAGAAUCUGUCGCUGACUCUGCCUCCUGCUGUUGUACUUCCUGUGGGACCUUCGGUUGGGCCGGUGUCUGUAGUCGGUGGCAUGGCUGACUCACAAGCCCAACCACCAGGGAAGCCUUGUGCCUGCGCGAUGGGACAUCGGAGCAGUAGGCCCUUAAUGACGCUGGCUGCCCCUCACAUUCUCCAGCCCCAGCCACAAGAGAGGGAAGGGGAAACAUUCUCAUCUUGUCCUGGCACACGGUGCCAUGGGUCCCUCACCUUUCCUGAAGGUGUAAUGAGCAAACAGGGAUGUGUCAGAUCUGUUUAGACGAUGUGUCUGUCCUUUUACAGAAGACAUGUACCUGUCUCCCCACUGUUGUUGACUCUGUCUUGAUUCUCACCUUGUUUCAGUUUGGCGGGCCCUGUCUAACCGUUAAUGGGACUUGAGUGAUGCCAAAAAGAGAUAUUGAACACAACGCGACUAGCAUGAUGGAUACGCCUGUGAAUUUCUUUCAGAUUUGGUUCUAACGCUGUCAAUGCCAUUUAUCUGAAAACAGUUCUCUCUGUCUGUGAUGCUUUUCAGUUUGUAGUACAUUAGUUUUGCUGUUAUGGGUUGAAUUAAAAGGUGAUUUGCUAAUGA